UAUGCAUUCACGGACUGCUGAGUAAAUGGUACAUCAUUGUAAACAAGUGCCAGGAAUUUUGUCUUCAUCUGUCAAUUGUUUUGUUCCCAUUCUAGGGUUAUUCCACUGUCAACCGUAUGAUAAAAAAUGUGAAUAUUCCGUUUGGUGUGACAAACUGUUUUUGUAUGCCACUUACGCAGUCCUCCCAGAUUCCUGUCAUUGUUUCAAGAUCUUAUUGUGACUCAUUUCUAGAUAUUCAUUUCAUGUUUGUCCAAUUACCAGAAGUGACUUAUGUUACUGACUAGAUUCUGGCCUUUUUAAUAGUUUUCCUGCAAUAGCUUUGACAAAUGGCUUAAAGACAAGGAGACUAAGGCAUGAAAAAGAGCUCCAUAUCCAUGUUAUUUGGGUAAUUGACAAACAAGGUUGUCUGAGGUGAUAAAAAUGAGAAAUCUUUUAAAAAUCUAGUUUAAAACACGUGUCAAAGUGGUUUAAUAAAUAAAUAAAGAGUAUUUUCAACAAAAAAAAAUAAUAAUAAUUAAAAAAAAAAGUAUUUCAUGACUUCAAAUAAUGUGGUGUAACCAUCUGGUACAUCUAAGAACUCAGAAAUUGAAAACAUGUUAAUCAUAGAAAAUGUGUAUUAAUGUAAUUGUUUUGUGUGAAUUGCAUUUUAAUGUAUUUUUGUAUAAUUUAAUACAUAUGGACAGAAAAAAAUGUGCAUCACAUCACUGACCAAUUUGUCAACUACCCAUAUACAAAAAGUGUAUAAAGUGUAAAGAAACUGGCAACUAAGUGAUUUAAGCAAAUAAGGAUACAAUGCAGGGUAAAAACAAAGACUAAGAGUUCACAAACAUUUCAAAAACUUUAAAACCGUCCACUGACCUUAUGCUGUUUUAACAAGUCAUAUUGCACAGUAUUGAGUUAAUAAAUUGGGUUAUCAGUCCACCCAAUUCCCAAUUCAAAGAAAACGUGUAACAAUUAGAAGGAACAUUUGUUAGAAAAUAUGUCUACGCUAAAAGGGGGAAGAAAAAAAAAACAGACCGCGUGCUUCUUUUUCCACAUGAUAGACAAACAUUUCUAGAGAGCCAGAUGAGUCUCUUACAAGGGGCGCAGCGACAAUUCUCACAACUACUUACUAAUGCUUAAAACAAAAAGUGUAUUUGUCAGCUGUUUUUUUAAAGCCCCAGGACUGUCAGAAAUGUCAACUUCAUUCCCUCCUCACAUUAUGUCGGUGUUGGUUGAAUAGGUGGUUUUCGAUUGAGUAACUCUGAAAUAGUGUGUUGGUCGCGUCUUGACAAGGAAGAUCAUUUUGAGACGGUCCCUGAGGCGGCAGUCCUUUUAAAGUUACCGCUGAGCUUGUGUGAUAGGCUGCUUGAAGAAAGAAGCUUCGCCUUGUGUUCAGAUGAGCCCGUGGUGCUGCUGGAGAGUUCACUCAUAGUCUGCUAGAUCCAGCCAAAACGGACCACGAAUCCUUUUCGUUUUUUUUACAUUUUAUUUAUUUCAUCCCACCAUCGGAUACACAUUUCAGAAAACAAGAUGUAAGUGACCACCGAACAUUUACAUCAAUAUCAUACUCACUCGAGCAACCCUUCAUGUGUUAAAGAGCCGGGAUGAACAUCAGAUGGCUGUUUUACUGAUGGAAGUUAUUGUGGCGAAUGGAUUUUAACUACCGUAUGCCGAUGUGAUGUUUUACUUUGCCUUUUACCCUCGGUGAUGGAUCCCUGAUUUUGGGAAUAUCGGUAAUUCCAAGAUUCUAGUUGGAAUCGGCGAUCGAAGAGGUAAUUCUGCACAGCAAAGCAAACUACAGGGGAUUUAAAUAGCUUUGCUCCGGGGAAAGAAGAGAGGCAGGAAGAAAAUUCAUGUGGCGAUUCUCUCCUUAACAACAACACCACCACAUUUUGGAUUGCAGAAUGAGCAAGGAAAGACCUAAGAGGAAUAUCAUACAAAAGAAAUACGAUGAUAAUGAUGGGAUACCCUGGUCGGAGGAAAGGGUGGUGCGGAAGGUCCUCUAUCUCUCGCUGAAGGAGUUUAAGAGCGCACAGAAGCGGCAGCUCUGUGGCAGCCUCAGCAAUGGAGGAAAAAGUUCUAACGCUUCCUUGUCAAAGGGGCAGCUGAAUGGAUCUAAAGGAGGACACAAUGAGGACGGGUCUCGCUCUCAGAGCACAGAUGGAGGCAGCGAGUACUCAGAGGACUGCCCAGCCAAAAAGAGGCCCAGACUGCAUGCACAGAGGAAGUUCGCCCAAUCCCAACCCAACUCUCCCAGCACCACACCAGUGAAGAUGGCAGACCCCUCCCUGCCCACUCCACUCACACAUAUCACAUUCCUCUCCAGACGCAAACCCAAGACGGAAGACUUCCUCACCUUCAUAUGCCUUCGAGGCUCACCGGCAUUACCCAGUAACAUGGCGUACUUUGGGAGCUCUCAGGAUGAGGAGGAUCUGGAUGAUAAAGAGGAGAUGGAGGAGGAGAAACCGCCCAGUGUGGUAUCCACGUCAUGCCAGUCUACACCCAAGAAGGGCAAACCAACUGGCAAGAUCAAUGGAUUUGUGUUGAAUGGCCUUAAGGUACACAAGGAAAAAGAGCUUGCAACCAGAUCCAGAGGCAGAGAGUCAUCUGUGGGCAGAGAUCGUAGAGAGAAGUGUGACGUGUCGGGUGAAAUCUCCCAUAAGCACACGGCGGCCACGGCCAAGAGCCACAACACCAAUGGCCACAACUACAGAAGGGCCGCAGAGGAACUCCGCAAGCAGGUCUCAAAAGUAAAUGGACUCACUCGGGCAUCAUCAGUCGGCACAAACGUUGCCAAAAAGUCAAAAGACUUCCGUCUGCCGUCCAAAACUGUGAAGUACAAUGCUACCUUGACCAAGGGCAACGUCACUUACACCAAAGCAAAACGAGAACUGGUGAAGAAAGCCAAACUCAACCACAGCAAGCACGCUGCCUCACCUGGCCUGCGUGCUUACACCAACAACUUAAAUAACCAUCAUCACUCUCAUCAUCCAACCAGCAAUGGCCAUGGCCGGCCCCAGCUCUCUCACUCAGGAAAAGCCCAAAGUAUCAAUGCAAAAACCCGCAAACAGGUGCUAUUAUCCAACGGGGUGCAUAAGAUGACCAACAGGGGUGCCACUACCCGGCUUAAUGGCAGGCUCAAUGGACGCCACAGUACCUGGGAAGAGGAGGAUGUUGGCCGACAAUUGCGACAAGGACUACGGAACUCCAAACGCAGAAGCGAUGCGGCUCUUAUGGUCCUAGUUGCUGGAACUGAAAGUGACCAGGCUAAAAUCAAGCCGCCUCUUACUGAUGCUAAGAAAGCAAAAUUACAGACUAGCCCUCUUGAAACCCGUAGCAAGAGGGCCCUGAGUCAGUUCAAGGCCCCCAAUAGCGUCACAAUUGCACACAGUAUCACUGAAACAGCAGCCUCCCCCAUGCAGAAAACGGGUCCUGCCCCUCCUCCUUCUCCCCCUGCUGCUCCAGGCUCCCCAGCCAUGCCCCAAAACCCCGCAACCCCCGAGCCGGCACGACAGCGACCCAAACGUGCCUCUGCUGGCAAGCUGAUGUUCAUCAGGCAAGCACAGCAGAGGGUCCAAUCGAACUCCACCCUCAACCAGACAACAUCCACUACCUCAGCCAGCAAGUCCUUCAAACCAGCAGAGCCCAUGUCCACACCCCAACCACGGCUGGACAGAGAGAGGGAGCGAGAACGGGAGAGGAGCAGAGCAGGGUGGGCAGCCCUGGGGGAGGUGCCUGUUUUCAAGCCCAGCUCCAGGGAGUUCCAGGACCCUUUGGUGUACCUUGACUCUGUUCGGGAACGGGCCGAGGCGUGUGGACUGUGCAGAGUUCUGCCACCUCCUGACUGGAGGCCAGAGUGCAAAUUGAAUGACGAAAUGCGCUUUGUGACGCAGGUUCAGCGUAUUCACAAACUGGGUCGGCGCUGGGGCCCCAAUGUUCAGAAACUGGCCUGUAUUAAGAAGCACCUCAAAUCUCAGGGCAUCUCAAUGGAUGAGCAUCCUCUAAUAGGUGGCUGUGAAGUAGACCUGGCUCGUUUUUCCGAGCUGGUCUGCGACAUGGGUGGAAUGCAGCAGGUGAUGGACCUGAAAAAAUGGAGCCGUCUGGCCGACCUGCUUCGCAUUCCCAAAUCAGCACAGGACCGUCUGGCCAAGCUCCAGGAGGCCUACCUGCAGUACCUGCUUUCAUAUGACAUGCUUUCUCCUGAGGAGCACCGGCGACUGGAGCAGGAGGUGAUGGCAGAAAAGGAGGCACUGGAACGCAAGCGAGGACCCAUGGAGGGCCACUCGGAUAGCGGCCAACGGGCCCUGGCUCUGCCCCGCUUUGAGCCCAAGAACGGGUUCACCAGCCUCAACCACCGCAACGGCUUCUGUAACCACGGCAAAGAGCCAGACACCCAGUGGCAGGCCGGUCGCCGCAGACUGUUUGCUCAGGAAAAAAAAGGUGGAAAUAUGGAUGUUGAAAAGGCAGAGGAGGCGGCGGAAGAUGAAGGUGUUAUCAGUGACCAGCACAAAUGUAUAUACAAGGGAAGAUCGGUAUCUUUGACCACCUUUUACAGAGUAGCAAGAAAUACUAUGAUGAUGUGCUUCAACAAGGAGCCUGGGGCUGCUGAAGUUGAGCAAGAUUACUGGCGGAUAGUAGAGCAGAGGGACUGCCAUGUAGCAGUGCAUUAUGGGAAAGUGGACACAAACACACAUGGAAGUGGCUUCCCUGUGGGCAAGUCCGAACCCUUCUCAAAGCAUGGAUGGAACCUCAAUGUCCUUCCCAAUAACUCUGGAUCCAUUCUGCGCCAUCUUGGUGCUGUGCCUGGGGUGACUAUUCCCUGGCUGAACAUUGGCAUGGUCUUUUCUACCUCAUGCUGGUCACAAGACCAAAACCGCCUUCCAUACAUUGAUUACUUACACACUGGUGCUGAUUGCAUUUGGUAUUCUGUUCCUGCUGAGGAAAAGACUAAGCUUGAUAAAGUGGUGCACACACUGCUACAGGCCAACGGCACGCCAGGAUUGGAAAUGCUGGAGAAGAACAUUAUGAUUUCUCCAGAGGUGCUUUGCCAUGAGGGGAUAAAGGUCCACCGUACAGUCCAGCAGAGCGGGCAGUUUGUGGUGGUCUUCCCCGGCGCGUUCGUGUCCAGGGUGUGCUGUGGCUACAGUGUGUCUGAGACUGUGCACUUUGCCACCCCACAGUGGAUGAACCUGGGCUACGAGGCUGCUAAGGACCUGAAAUGCAGGCACAUAGCUAAACCCUUCUCUAUGGAGAAGCUUCUCUAUCAGAUCGCCACAGCCGAGGCCAAACGAGAAAACAGACUUGUGCUCAGUACAAUCUCUUCUCUUCUCAAAGAUCUCAGGAACAUAGAGAUGAAGCAAAGGCAGGAGCUGUAUGAAGCAGGGCUGCUCUCUUCCGCACGCUACGGUGUUCACGACAACAACCAGUCACCCGCUGACACCAGAAAGAAACCACGCAAAUGGCUGGCACUGGAAUCAUCCGAGAGACGCUGCCAGACGUGCCAACACCUCUGCUACCUGUCUAUGGUGGUGCAGGAGAAUGAAAAUGUGGUUUUCUGUCUGGAGUGUGCGUUGAACUAUGUGGAGAAACACAAAAGCUGUCGUGGACUCAAGAUGAUGUACCGCUAUGAUGAGGAGCAGAUCAACAGUUUGGUGAAUCAGGUGUGCGGUAAAAUCCUUGUGAAAAAAGUGACAGAUGGUUGUAAUGGCUCCAGCCCCACCAAACCACCUGCCAAGCGUGGCCCCCGCAAGAGAGCCACAGUAGAGGUGUCCCUGACCCACCUGCCCACCCACCUGUCUAAAAGUGCUGCCGCUGCUGUCUCAUGAGAAACGGGAGGGCAAUUCAUACAUAUGUCAACCAAUCAAUUUCCUCUCCUUUUCUUCAUAUCAUUUGUCAUUUACCAACACCCCCCCCCCCCCCCACCCCCCACUCAAAUAGCAGGGCAGAGUUUACCUGUGUUGAAAGCAGGCUGCCUUUUUUGCACUAGUGCACUAGUUUGUUUAUGUUGUUUUAUUCACCAGAUGUUUAAUAGCAUUAAGAGACAUGGUCCCAGGUGUGCUUUUCACUGACAGGUGUGAGUAUGAUGUCAUCCUUUUUGCCUGGAACCCUCUUCCUCCUCGUUUUCGGCCCCUUUGACUGCACACACAUACACACGCACACACACACACACACACACAUGCACACACACACAUCCUGAACUGUGAACCUUGGGACAAAUGGGUGCUUCUCUCCUCAUUUUUCCUUGCCUCCUUUCCUUUGAAUGUUGGUGCUCAAUGGAGCUGCCGAGAACCUUUUCUAUGUGACAUCACAUUUGUUUCCUUUGACAUCAUAUUUGUUUUUAUUUGAAUUAAUUUAGUACCCAUGCAGCUCUGCUGCAGGAAAUGCAGCUUUUUAAAGAAGGUAAACACUUGAAAUUUAGCUUGUUUUAGGGUUUUAAUGGGAUAGUUCACCCAAAAAUUAAAAUGUACUCACCCUCAUAUGGUUCUAAACCCAAAUGUCUUUCUUUCUUCCAUGCAAGAUGUUAGGCAGAAUUACAUUUUGCCCAACAUCAACUUUUGUGUUUCUCAAAGGAAAGAAAGUCAUUCAGGUUUGGAAUGACAUUAGGGUGAGUAAUUGAUGACCAGUUUUUCAUUUUUGGGUGAUAUAUCCCUUCAAUAUUUGGUUUUUAAAAAGAGGAAGUAUUGUGUGUUUUUAAGUAGUUUGGUUUUCUUUUCAUGCUUUCCUCUGUGGAUGUUGGGGAAUACUGGUUUCCAAGGCAAUGGUGUCGGGCUGUUCUUGAGAAAGUGAGUGUUACCGAAUGAAUGAGUGGGUAUCGUCUCGCUAAUGUGAGGGGACCUCACACCCUAACGCUUAUGAGCGAUAACUGUGCCUGAUGUUUAGCGGGGAGUUCUUAUUUUUUGGUGCUGUUUGUUUUUUUACUGUAUAUCAAUACAAAAAGGUAAUAAAAAAUGAGAGGUGCUAUCCGCUAGCCUUCUUAUCCCACAGGACGGAAAUGCCCAGAGGCUUUCCGCUUCUAGAUGUGCAAUUGUGUCAACAUUCCAUUCUUCCAGACUUUUUGAUUCAUCUGUACCAGUUAACAUUAAUUAUUAUAUUAUAUUAUUGUAAUUAUUAUAUUUUGUGUUUUUGCUUUUUUCCUGUUUUGUUCUAAUGUGCUAUCUCAAGUUAGAGCCACUAUUCAGAGGGUAUAAAAUGUGAAAUGCGAGUCCAAGUUUUUGUUUUCCUCUUUUCUCUCUCUCACUCUCUCGUUUUCCCUUUUGCAGAAAUAUCAGUUGAUUUAAAGAAACUUAAGAAAUCACUUUUUUGUACAUAAUCCUGUAAAUGACUUAAAUACUUGAGCCUUUGUUGGAGUGACAGAAGGAACGGAUUGAUAGAUGGAUGGAGGGAUAGCAGGUGAAGAAAAGCCUUACAUUUCAGUUUCUUCAUCUGCAUACAGGGUUGCUCUGGUAAUGUGUAUAAAUUUUAAGUGCUGCUUACAUCACUGAGGACUAAGAUAUGGAGUCGCGAUUCCCCCCUAGUUUUGUUUUUUAGGUUUACUUUUUUUAAGAAAAGGGAAAAUGCUUUCACAAAAAAAAAUAUAAAGGUUUUUACAUUUUCAUUACUGAAAAUUCAACAUUGUAGUAGCUACUCAUGUUGCACUGACCUUGCCAGUGGUGACUGUCAAGAAAAAAAAAAAAAAACUAUAAUCCAGUUUGUUGGUUGUCAUCCUUAACAGAAAGACUGAACUGUUUUAGGAGUAUUUAAUGAACACCAAGUCUGGUGUUUUCAACAAUAAACGGUGGUUGUCAAGUUUUUAUGGCCUUACAAUGUAUUUUAUUCUGAUUUUUUUGCUGUUUUUGUUCCUUUUUUCUACAACAAGAGAGAUUUUACUCACGGUCAGGCGAAGGUAAUUUAUUAGCACUGCGUCUCAGCUUUUCCUCCUAUGAGGAAAGAUUUCAUGUUGGUUAUAUUGCCAGUUUUAUUUUGUUUUAGUUUUGUUUUUUACUUUUUUCAAUUUGUACUUAAGGUUUAAUAAAAACUCAUGGACAAUUCA